AUGUCAGGAGAAAAGAACUCUGAGGCAGAGGAUGACUCCCAGGUUCCUGGGAGCUCGAACAGGCGUGGAACCUCAGGGAAUUCCCAUUCCUGGAGCGUGGAUACUCUGUUACAGAGAUUGAGGGCCAUGGAAUCCAAGAAGGAUGACAAGUUUGCUGAUGUCCUGGAUGCAGUGGGGGAGUUUGGCACGUUCCAGCGGAGGCUGAUAGCCCUCACUUUUAUUCCCAACAUUUUGUCGGCCUUCUUCAUGUUUGCUGACCACUUCGUGUUCUCAGAAGAGAAGCCCUAUUGCAACACCAGCUGGAUCCUGGCAUUGGACCCCAACCUCUCAGAGGCUGAGCAGAUGAACCUGACCCUGCCCAGAGCACCCAAUGGCAGUUUUCUGACCUGUCUCAUGUACUUGCCUGUGUCCUGGGAUCUCGAGUCUAUCAUUCAGUUUGGCCUCAACUACACAAACCCGUGUGAAAAUGGAUGGAUCUACCCUGAGUCCAAGAAGAGAUCGCUUAUCAGUGAGUUCGACCUCGUAUGUGGCAAGGAACCGAAAAAGGAAACCGUGCAGACCAUGUUCAUGACGGGCCAACUGAUAGGGUCUCUCAUCUUUGGGUUAUUAAGUGACAAGCUGGGCCGCUACCCUGCCAUCCUGCUGUCUCUGCUGGGGCUGCUCUUCUUUGGCUUCGGGACAGCCUUCGUGAACAGCUUUCACCAGUAUCUCUUCUUCCGCUUUGGCGUCUCCCAGGCCGUGAUGGGCUACGCCAUUGUCAGCCUGACUUUAGUCACCGAGUGGCUCGUGGGGGAGCACCGGGCCCAUGCGGUCAUCCUGGAGCACUGCUUUUUCUCUGUGGGGGUCAUGUUCCUGACGGGGCUGGCUUACAACCUUCCCCACUGGCGGCUGCUGUUCCUGGUGGGCGGGGCACCUGUGUUCCCCCUCAUCUCCUACAUUUGGAUUCUCCCAGAGUCCCCACGGUGGCUGAUGAUGAAAGGGAAGGUGAAAGAGGCCAAGGAGAUAUUGUGCUACGCAGCGGAAGUGAACAAGAAGACCAUUCCUCUAAACCUGCUGGAUGAGCUGCAGCUGCCUGGAAAGAAGGCGACUAAGGCCUCUGCCGUAGACUUCUGCAGCAAUAAGUACCUCUGUAAGGUGACCUUGGUGAUGGGCUGCGUGUGGCUUACUGUCAGUUACAGCUAUUUUACAAUGAGCCUCAAGUUGAGAGAGUUUGGAGUGAGCAUCCACUUCAGACAGGCGAUCCCUGGCAUCUUGGAGGUGCCUGCCCGGCUGUGCAGCAUCUUUCUCCUCGAACAGAUGGGGAGGAAGUGGAGCCUGGCUCAGACUCUCAUCCAAGCCGCCUUAAUGUGCUUGUUUACGCUUCUCCUCCCGCAAGGUUUUAAAUCCAUCUUAAUCUUGUUGCUUAUGCUUGGAGGGUGCAGCCUGGCUGCCACUGUCACUGUGGUCUUCAUCUACACUGCUGAGCUCUUCCCCACCAUCCUCAGGUCUACAGGUCUGGGGCUGAUGUCUCUGGCCUCAUCAGGUGGAGUUAUCUUGUCCCUGACAGUCAUUAGCCAGCUCCCAACCCUCCUGCCCAUCUUUCUCUGCUUCAUCUCAUCUGUGGUAGCUUUGUGUUUUUCCUUCCUGCUGCCAGAAACACAAAACCAGCUCCUCUCUGACAGUCUGGAGCAAUUUUCAAGAGCAAGCUUACAGAAAGAUUCGAUUCAGCACUCUGACAGCAACUUCAAGAAGAGGAAGGACACUGUGGUGCCUGAGGAUGUCUUCGAUGAUAUGUCUGAAGAAGUGGCAAAGAACACCAUUCUCAAUGCCCAGGUUCUGAGAUUGGACCCAAACUCUUUCCCCGACACCACCUUGGAGAAAUCCAGAGAAGAGCAAACAAACAGUCAGGUUUCCUGA